GAUGUCUGAUACGAUUAAGAGCCAGGAAAUUGUUGCAUAAAGUUAUAUAAAUGCCAUAAUUAAGAGCUAGGAAGUUAUUGCAUAAAGGAUUUCAAGUGUCUAAUGUCAAAUAAUAGCCGGAAAAUAAUUGCAUAUAAAGUGACAAUGCCAGAUGAGAUUCAAAACCGGGAAAUAAUUGCGUAAAGGGCAUCACUUCAAGAUAUGAUUUAGAGUCGGGAAGUUAUUGCAGAUAGGAUAUCAAUGCCAAUUAUGAUUAAGAUCCGGAAAGUUAUCGCAAUACGGGUAUCAAUACCAGAUAUGAUAGAGAGCCGGGAAGUUCUUGUAUAAAGCGUUUAAAUACCGAAUAUGAUAAAAGCCGAGAAGGCAUUGCAAAAAAACGUAUCAGUGUCAGAUUUUAUUACGAUCCGGAAAAUUUUGCAUUAAGUUUACCAGUGCCAGAUGUGGCUACCAGCCUGAAAGUUACUAAAAAAGUUUUACAGUGCAAAAUAUUAUGGGACGGAUUUUUUUUUUGCAUAAAGUACAUUUAUGACAAAUAUGAUUAAGAGACACAAUGUUAUGGAAGAAAGUAGGUGAGUGCCAGAUAUUUUGUGCCUGAAAGUUAUUGCAUGAAUUGUAUUUAUGAUAAAUAUAAUUACAAGCUGGAAAAUUAUUGCGUGAAGAAAAGAAAACAAGACAAAAGAAAACGCUGUUAACUAGGAUAAAGAAAAGAAAACAAGGCAAAAAGUUGUUAACAAGGAGAUGGAGGCACUCGAUUGUGAGGAUUACUACAACUAUACCAAAUAUUUGAGGGAAUUUGGAAAUGAUAUUGUAUACCUCACAUCCGAGCAGCAAGCCCGGGUCUUGUAUAUGAAAGAAGGAGAAUGUAAGUGCAGAAUGAAGACAGAGCCCGUAACUCUUACAGGGACCUAUUGUAACCGAACGUGGGACAAUGUAAUGUGCUGGGGUGAUACGCCUGCCGGGACAACAGUCAGUCAGCCCUGUCCCUCUUAUAUUAACCAUUUUAAAAAGUACAACUUUGCCACCAGAACUUGUUUGGAGAAUGGGACAUGGUUUUCGUUGCCACGAUCAGAUGGAACAGUUAGCGGCUGGACAAACUUCACAGAAUGUCCCAAUAAUAGCACGGAAAUUGCUCAGGAUUACUCCAAAGACGUUCCACAUAUUUUCUCAAAACAUGUGCAAGACAUGAGAGUGAUGUACAAUGUAGGGUACGCUCUUUCACUCGUGUCACUAUUAGUUGCCUUCACAAUCAUGAUUUAUUUCAAGAAGCUCCAUUCUUCCAGAAAUACUAUACAUCUGAAUCUGUUUGCAUCCUUUAUGCUUCGUGCAUCAAUUAGUCUUAUCAGGGACAAUUUUAUGGUUGAAGGACUGGGGUUCCCGAAAGAUGUGACUUAUAACGAAACGGGUGGAAUCAUCAUUUUCAACGAAGGUUCGCACUGGGAGUGCCGGUUAUUCUUCAGUAUUUUCCAGUAUGCAAUCGCUGCCAGCUAUAUUUGGAUUUUCGUUGAGGCAGUAUUUCUACACAUGUACAUAUUUAUCUCCCUCUUCACAGAAAAAGUCAAAGUUCGAUGGUUCAUCUUGUUUGGAUGGAGUUUCCCAGGAAUAAUUAUUAUCUGUCUGUGUCUAGCAAGAUACCACCUGGAUAACACCUUCUGUUGGAACACCCAUAACACACAAGGACUUGUUUGGAUCUUCAAGGGGCCUAUCAUGCUCACAAUUCUGUUGAAUUUCAUCUUCUUCAUCAAUAUCAUCAGAGUCUUGUAUACGAAGCUGCAAGCGCCUCACUGUCCAGACUCGAAACGCACUAAAUACAGACGACUUGCAAGAAGUACCAUGUUUCUUGUGCCAACGUUUGGUGUUUAUUUCAUCAUCUUCACUAUUCCCCUUCAUACACUGAACGAUACCAUGAAUUUCGUCACGCUUUUCAUAGAAAUGUUCUUUAAUUCAUUUCAGGGUCUCUUUAUCGCCGUGGUGUUAUGUUUCAUAAACUUGGAGGUCAGAGUGGAAAUUAAACGUUCAUGGCAACAAGGAACUCUAUUUCCAUGCAUUAGACAAGUUUUGAAUGUAAACAAGAAAGAUUCAGUGAAAGGACAGUCUAAGCCAGCAAGUUUAAAAAAUGGUAGACGAUUGAAAGGUGAUACCUCAGAUAGUUUUGUUGAAUUAGAAGAACUGAAUAAACGUGGUAAUACUGAAAGGAAGAUAGUAGAUACCAAUAAUACUAACAGCCCUUUCUUAGAUGCAACUUGAGCAUAUUUGUGAUGAUACAACGGACAUAGACACACAGAGGACAUGCGGGUUCAGAACGUUUGUGUAUAUUGAAAAUACGCGCAUCAAUAUAAUAAUAAUAUUAAUAAUAACGAUGAUAAUAAUGACAGUCAUAAAAACAUAAGGUAUCCAAUCCACAAAUUGGUAACAAUGUGAUGCCUGGUGACCCCAUGUUUUUUAUGAUAUCAUUUGAAAGAGGUGUGUCUGCUGAACAAAAAUUAGUAAAUAAGAUGACAAUAAAUGAUAUGCACGAAUUACUACAGUCAUGUUUUAACUGCGAAAUGAUUAAACUUGCCCUGUAAUAACUGGAUUUCUGUUGAAGUAUCAUUGAAAAAAAAUUCUAUAGCACAUUUUUGUCAUGUACUUUAUAUUUUCUUUGUCAGUUGAUAAUACACUAUCAAAUGAUACCGAAAUUAUAUGAGGUUACCAGGCAUCAAUAUUUGAUAUAUUUACAUAGCACUUUUAUACAGAACUUGCUUAUUUGUGGAUCGGAUAUCUUAAUCGAACAAAUGAAAACUGAGGCCAGUCACAAAAGUCACAAAAAUAUAUCGAAAUGGCUCUAACAAUUGAAUGUAAUUGUUUACUAUGCGGUGGUGUUUCACAAUUUAUUAACAGAACAGGACUUUUAUGAAACCAUAUUAUUGUGUCCGACUACUGACUGUUUAAAAGUGUGCCUGUUUCAACGAAAUUAGUCUCCAUAUCAGUGAGCAGUUGUACAAAUAUUUAUUACAAACCAAAUGUUUCACCAGCCCCUAAUAUUUUCAAAUGAUUAUUUUGGACCUUAUAAAAUGAAAAUGAUAAUAUGACACCCUCAAACUACUGCACUUAUGAUUAAGGACAAAUGAGCCGCGCCAUGAGAAAACCAACAUAGUGGGUUUGCGACCAGCAUGGAUCCAGACCAGGCUGCGCAUCCGCGCAGUCUGGUCAGGAUCCAUGUUGUUCGCUUUCAAAGCCUAUUGCAAUCAUAGAAACCGUUAGCGAACAGCAUGGAUCCUGACCAGACUGCGCGGAUCCAUGCUGGUCGCAAACCCACUAUGUUGGUUUUCUCAUGGCGCCGCUCAUUAAUGAUUGUGCAAACGUUUUAAAAAAUAAAUAAAUUAAUGUUGAAUCAAUGUUUCGAACAAUAUAAUUUGUUUCAGACUAAUUCUACUGUCUCUCUCAUUGGAUUAUGCAUGAACGGUGCCCGUCUUGGACCUGACGAAGACAAUUUAGACUAUACCAGACUUGUCUGGAACCUAGGGUCCGGGUGGUCUCCUAUCGCUUUAAGGUCAAGAUAUUACUAAUUGAACCUGUACUUAUAUAAUUUUAAUAUAAAUUUCUCAAAUGCGCUUUCUUCCAAAUGAAAUGUUGUUAUAUGACAUUCUCGUACUGGCACAAAUCCUUAGCUACUUACAUAGGCACCGUAUUGCGCUAUAUGUAUAAGGCAUCAAAAUAUACUGGUGGAAAGUUUUGAAUAUUAAGAUUUAAACCAAUGCUCAUGUAUCUCCUUAAUUUGAUACUAUUUUGGGCCGAAAGGUAAUUCUUUUCUCAAGAUGUACUACGAAACGGAAGUGCAGUUUCGUCGCACUAGCGAAAACGGUCUGUGGGACGAAACAAAAAUGCAUCCUUGUCGAGCACUCUCUAAAACGAGCAUCUAGUAUUUUUGUGAUAUUUAAUCAUUUUCUAGUUAGAAAACCGUAUACUUACAAAUGAUGUUCACUCAUUUUCUAAAAAAAACAACAGAACUUUUAUAUGUAUUGUUAUGAUUACAUCUUUUGUUGUCACACCGACACAAUUAUAGGUCAUAUGGCGACUUUCCAUUUUUUAUGGUGGAGGAAGACCCCAAGUGUCCAUCCCUGCAUUAUUUCACUGCGAGAGCGCAUUUGGUGAUUAAAGGGUUUUACUUUAAAUUUCAUUUAUAUAAAUGGACUGAGGUAGCAAAAGAAUAUUUUUUGAAGAUACAGUCUGUUAUUAACGACACUUUGUUUGAAAGUAUAGUGAACUUCAAAAAUGUAAUUUCAGUAAAUUAUAAAAUAUUA